GUCUCACGUUAUUUCCAAAGGCUGGGUAUGGCCCCAAUCAGCAAGCCUUCCCAGUCCCAAGGAAGCACGCUUAAGUCUACUUUAGCCUAAAAAGCAUCUAUCCGCCGAUUAAAUGUUGGGAAAGAAAGAGAUAUGGGUGUGGGGUGGGGAGAGACAACGUUUUCCAAUUACACAAACGUGCACCCGUGGAUUCACCCAGUUCCCGCACUUUCCGGCAGUGAAGCACCUGCGGGGAACCGUUCUCACGCAUGACAAAUGCCGCAGCAGCUCAGGGCUGUGAGCGCCAAACUGCUUUGCAAACUUUGCAGAGGCGCACGGAUUUCCCAGACUUGCAAAUCCCGCAUUCGCCCCGUCCUCCCCUCGCCCGGUCGAAACAAAGUUCCGCGGCAUCAGGGCAGUCAUUGAAAGGCACCGAGUCUGCCCGGGUCCUGCCCGCUGGGGCUCGGGAGACGCGCCCGGCCGGGACCUCCCCGCACCCCGCGCGGCGCCCCCCGCCCGCCCAUCGCCCCGCGGACCCCAGGCUCCGGGCCCCGCACGGUGCUCGAGCCGCCCCCCAGGGCCGAGCCGCGAGCCGCAGCCGCGUCCCCUCCUCCCGGGGCCGGGAAUGGCGGCGUCCGGCUCCCCAGGGCCAACUCCGAGUCCCAGCCCGGGGAGGACGCCCGCGGAGCCCGCCGCCACCGGCCCUCGCGGCGGGAGCUGAGGGAUGGAAGUUACCUCAGGACGGUCCCGUCGGCGAAGCUGGGGGGUCCCGGGCGGCCGAGCAGGUCCGGCGCGGCGGCGGCGGCGGUUACCGCAGUGCCCUCCGCCCCAUUGUUUCCCUUCCAAGAGGAGCCCGGCGAAGCCGAGCCCGGGAACCAGGAAGUUCCCUGGCGCGACACCUCCCGCCGCCGCUAUGGAAACGGCCCCCGCCUCCCAGGGCGGCUCGCCCGGGACCCCGCCUCCGCGCCGCCGGCCCCGCCCGCCUCACCGGCCGCCGCCAAACGACGCCGCAGCGGCCGCGGCCGCCGCCAUCUUGGCGCGGCCCCGGGCGGCCCCUUCCCGGCGGCACGUGCGCGCCGCUCCCGCGCUCCCGCGCUCCCGCCGUGCGCGCUCCCGCCCGCCUCGGAAACGCGCGUCCAGGACUGCAGGUGCUUGGAGCCCCUCGGCGGGAAGCAGGCGCAGGAGGCCAGGACCCAGAGCAGGGCUUCGAGGCGCGCAAACGAGCGGCACUGGCGUGUCCAGCCGGCGUGUCAGAGGAUGGCAGAGACGCGGGGAGGUCAGCAGAGUACGGGGCGAGAGCGUGGUCUCCGGAGCCAGCCUGGCUUUUUUCUUCCUUUCUAACUCACCUGCUUACCAGGUGUCAGACCUUGGAUGCUUUUCUCUGUGCCUCAGUUUCUUCAUCUGUAAACUGGGAUGACAAUAGGACCUGCCUCAUGGGGCUGUCCUGGAACAAACGAGUGCUUGGUGAGACAGGAUUUGACCAUGUUGGCCAGGCUGGUCUGGAACUCCUAACCUCAGGUAAUCCAUCCACCUCGGCCUCCCAAAGUGCUGGGAUUACAGGCGUGAACCAGCACGCCUGGCCCAAAGCCUGUAGUUUAAAAGAGAAGUUAUUGAUUGCAGUGUGAGGAAGAGGAGCCCAAGGAAGGGCUGUGAACCCCAUAACAUGGUAAGUAACACAGUUUGUUACCUGUAGUCCUGAGGCUGUCUUACUUGUUGGUGUACUGCAUUUCUUUCUGACUCCCUGUCUUCAGAAUGUACAUGCCAGGAGACUGGGGAACUUAUCUGUCUUCUGCCCUUCUCUAUUCCUUGCUCCAGAUCAGUACCUAACACAGAAUUAGCUCCCUAUAAAUAUUUGUCGAAAGAAUGAAAGGAAAGAAGGUGAGAGGGAGAGAAGGAAGGAAGGAGGGAGGACAGCAUGACUGAAAGAAAAAAAGAAAAAAAUAUGCAAAACAUGUAUGUUUUCUGGGCAGAAAGUUCCUAACUUUUUUUUGUAUGCUCAAAGGGGUCCGUGACUCAAAAGAAAAAAAAUUAGGACCGGGCGAGGCAGUUCACACCUGUAAUCCCAGCACUUUGGGAGGCCGAGGUGGGCAGAUCGCCUGAGAUCAGGAAUUCGAGACCAGUCUGGCCAACAUGGUGAAACCCCGUCUCUACUAAAAAUACAAAAAAAUUAGCCGGGCAUGGUGGCAUGCACCUGUAAUCCCAGCUACUCGGGAGACUGAGGCAGGGGAAUGCUUGAACCAGGGAGGUGGAGGUUGCGGUGAGCCUAGAUGGUGCCACUGCACUCCAGCCUGAGCAACAGAGAGAGACUCCAUGUCAAAAAAUAAAAAAAAAAAAUUAGGACUGACUGCUUUUCAACUAUAAAAGCUGCCUUUCAUGAUCUCCUCUGCUCCUUUGCUCACAAGACACCCUGUUCCUGAUUACAUAUCAAAAUAGUCAUCAUGGUUUGCCAGAAAUCUAUAAUGACGUUAUAUCAUUUGAAAAGUGUCUCAAUAUGUUUUUACAGCUUUAGAGAAUUUCUUCUGCCUGCUCAACUUACGGUUGCCAUUCUGCAGGCAUCCAUUUGGCCACUUCUUAGACGCCGUGCCAUUUACUUAUUUCUUGUUAAGUCUCACCAAGCAGAGUUAUACUAAGAAGUAUUUUAAGACAUUGGAAAAAAUGAAGUAUAAUUUUGUGGCAUUUUUGUCUCUGUUUUAGAAGAAUAAAACUCUUGCCUUUGUAUAUAUGACCUUUGAAUUAACCUUUAAACCCCUGUUUUCAUAAGUCUUUAUAAAUUGUGUGGCAACCGUUUUCACAGAUGGCCUCCCAGUGAACUGUGCCUUCCAAUAUUCACACCCUUUUACCUCACCCUCCUCUUGAGUCUGGGCCGGCUCUGUGACUCACUUUUCACAAGACUCUGGAGGAGGUGAUGCUGAGUGAUUUCUAAGGCUAGAUUAUAAGUUUUGUAGCUUCCACCUGGGCCUCUGAAAUACUUGGCACACUCCCUCCAGGAACUCAGGUGCCAUCUUGAAAGAAGCCCAAGUCACAUGGCCACAGGUAGCUGGUCUGGAUGACAACCUCAGCUGAGUCCUCAGCCAGCAGCCAGCAUUCACUGCUAUUGGGCAUCCUGAAUGUCCAGCACAGUUAAGUCUUCAGAUGCCUCAAGCCCCAGCUGUGUGAUCCCACAAGAAAUCCCAAGUGAGGAUAUCUCGGGUGAGCUCAUUCAACCCCAUGGAGCCAUGAAAGUCAUAACAAAUUGCUGUGUUAUGCUUUCGAGCUUAGGGUGGUUCGUUACACACCUGCAGACAACUGGAAUGCAUUGAUUAAAAAUACAAUGCUAGUGCCUUUAGCAUGUUUUAGCUAAAAUUUAAUAAAUAAUUUCAUCAAAAUUAACAGAAGUGCUGUAUAAAAAUGACAAGUUAUAGAAGAAUAGAGUGAAUUGAAGCAGAUCCUAAGGUAUUCAAGGGUUUUUUUUUUGUUUGUUUGUUUUUUUCACUAAAUUGCUACUUUUGUCUGAGCCUUUUCUUGGGGGGGGGCCAAUACUUUGUGAAACAAUGUAAUGACUUCCAUCUCUUGGAAUCUGUAAAUAUAAUUGCAAUUGCAUUUGACUUAGAUAUGAAAUAAGUCCUUGCCCACAUACUUUGACUAAAAAGGAGAAAGAAGUGGUGGUCACAAGUAGCAAGGCUAAAGAAUCAAUGAAAAUGAGACAACAGAUGAGAACGUGUGUGUGUGUGUGUGUGUGUGCGCGCGUGCACGCGCACAUGCAUAAGCAUAUUUAUAUGUAUGUGCUUAGCUUCUCUUUUCUGCUUGUUUAUGCCUCAUGAAAAUUACAGGUCCACAAUUCCUCAUCUACAAGGCUCUGAAAACCAAUUGAACUUUCCUUUGGCUCUUUAGGGUCUUUAUCUUGUUUAAUAUGAACACUCAUUUUUGUUGCAGAAGUCUUCGUUUCGUGAGAAGGUGCUGGCACAGAUCCCACUUGUGACCCUCAUAAAUAGUACACAGUACAUAAGCUGUAUCACCCUUCUAAAAAUCAGAACUUCUGAUAUCUGAGGUACUUUUCAUUUCAGACCUAAAAAAGACUCUAUCUUCUGAAGAAGACCUAAGGUGAACUUUACUGCACAGAGAACUUUAUUUUAUUACUCUACAAUAGAGUGUAAUCGAACACUCCCUGGCGUUAGACCACCUGAGUUCAAAUCCUGGAUCUGCUGUUUGCCAGCUCUGACACUUGGAUCGGUUGUAAAACCCUCUGCGUCAGUUUAUUCUUCAGCAAAAUACAGAGAGUAAAAGAAACGACCUCAUAGGGUCCUUAUGAGAACCAAAUGAGAUCAUGCAUGUAAAAUGACUAGUAGUUAGUAAAUACUCAACAAACAUUAACUAUUAUUAUUAAAAUGUCAGGUAUUUGUGUUUUUGUUUUUGCUUUUAGAGACACGGUCUCACUUUGUUGCCCCAACUGGAGUGUGCUGAAAAAUCAUAGUUCACUGUCACUUCAAACUCCUGGGCUCAAACAAUCCUCCUGCCUCAGCCUCCCAAGUAGCUAGGGGUACAGGUGUGUGCCACCAUGCCUGGCUAUUCUUUAAAAUUGCUUUGUGGCUCAGGCUGGUCUCAAACUCCUGGCCUCAAUCUGUCCUCCCACUUUAGCCUCCCAAAGUGCUAGGAUUACCAGAAUGAGCCAGUGCACCUAGGAGAAAUUUUAGUUUUUUAAUAAAUUCAAUGAAACAAAUAAUAUCUCAAUGAGAGUUCAGACAGGAGAAAAGAAACUACUCAAAGUAUCACCAUUGGGAAGACAUUCAUUCCAGGGAAUCAGAGGCAUACAAAGUCUUUGGAAGGAGUGAAUGGGUAAAAGCUGAGAAGGUAGCACCACUAAUUUCAAGUUAUUCCACAACACCUGUGGGCCCAGUGUCAGGAAGGUGCUGUACCCAGAGAUCAGAAAUUGCAAUAAAUGACAGAUAAUCACUGUCCAUGUCACAGCUGCUCUCCUUACAGCUCAGAAGCUGGGGACUGCCAGGGAUGGUCUUUGAGAUCUAGCUUCACUGCAAAAGUUUAAAUUUGUCAGCUGAGUGUGAUGGCUUACGCCUGUAAUCCCAGCACUUCGGGAGGCCGAGGCGGGUGGAUUACCUGAGCUCAGGAAUUCAAGAGCAGCCUGAACAAUACAGUGAAACCCCAUUUCUACUAAAAUACAAAACCUUACCCAGGUGUGGCAGCGUGCGCCUGUAGUCCCAGCUACUUGGGAGGCUGCGGCAGGAGAAUCGCUUGAACCCGGGAGACGAAGGUUGCAGUGAGCAAAGAUCGCGCCACUGUACUCCAGCAUGAGCAACAGAGGGAGAUUCCAUCUAAAAAAAAAAAAAAGGUUUAUAUUUGUCAAACCCCUUGUGUCAGAUGCCACUAUUGCCAAAGGAUGAAAUGCUCCUGUGUCUUCCAAAUCCUUGAGUGCUCCUCACUGGCUCAACCUAAACCUUAUCAGAACUGUGCUGGCUAGAGACCCUGGGAAAUGCAGCUCCAGAGUUCCCAGACUCUGUGAAGCACAUAAACACCCUAAACAAAUAGUCAUUUGCUAAUAAUAGAAAUUUACACCUGUACAGCACUUUCCAUAAAAGCUCUGUGAGGUAGGCUCAAAGUUGCAAGGCUGGCAAGAGACUUAGAACCUCAUAUCUCAAAUCUAGGGUACACUUCCUUUUUAUGUCAGUGUGUCCUAUUUAAUCAUCCAAGUUCCACUUCCCCCCAAAUCUUCAUAACCAUUUAUUGAUAAUUAUUGUUUAUUAUUUUUCUUUUAUUUUUUUUUUUGAGAUGGGGUCUCACCCAGCCUGGAAUAUAAUGACACACUUGGCUCACUGCAACCUCUGACUCCCAGGUCCAAGCAAUCCUCCUGCCUCAGCCUCCUGAGUAGCUGGGAUUACAGGCACGUGCCAUCACACCCAACUAAUUUUUUCUAUUUUUAAUAGAAAUGGGGUUUCACCAUGUUGGCCGGGCUAGUCUUGAACUCCUGACCUCAUGAUUCACCUACCUCGGCCUCCCAAAGUGCUGGCGUUACAGGCGUGAGCCACUGCAUCCAGCCUACUGUUUUUCUUUAAGUGGACUCACAUUUCUAUGUAAAUAAAUGUAAAGAAAUUUUGCAUCAUAAAGCAUAAUGCAGAUCUCAAAACUGUUUUGCUACAUAAAUGGAAGAUAAAAGUAAAAAUGAACACACAGAAAACCAAACAGUGAUAUUAAAACCAGUUAGCAAAGGGCUCCGAGCCUGAAGCCCACUCCUCUUUCUUCAAAGGUGCCAUGAGCAUGUUACUUGUACUAACAGCAAACCUCCUAACGGCAAAUUGAGACUCACUGAUACAUUCACAAGAACUAAAGGGUGAAUAAAAUCUCUGAAAAAUUAAAUUUCUCACUAUGUGCGGCAAGGUUAUUUAAAGCCUUUGCCAUCUUAUCUACCAUCAGUAGAACACAUCAUACGCUUUGGGUAACAUUGCUUUCUGCCAUCUUAAUUUUGACAGUUUAGUUGAGAAUCAGAGUAUUUAUUCAUUUUUGUUGUUGAAACUGUUUGAUAGCUGAGCAUUGAAAGUAUGUCAGUAUGUCUUGCCCCGAUGACUCAGUCAUAUAAGAUUUUGUUGCUGUUUUUAAGGUGAUAUUCACAUAAAAUAAAAUCAACUGUUUUUCAAGUGAA